AUGCCAUCGAGUACAUGCAACAAAUCCUUUGCGCUGCAGUCUCUAGUGUCCACACACGCCCCACUGGAUGGCGGCAUCUCAUAUGACCAGCGUACCAAAAGCCAGCUCAUUCGUGCCGUUCGUGAGCGCAACAUCGCUUGCCAUUGGGAGAGAAAGCGAAAGACAAAGGCCCACAUGGCGGCGGACCUCCAUGAGGAUGAUGCUAUUACUAGGUCUCUAUCUAGGCGGUCAGUAUCGGCACAAGAGACGAUAUCUCAGGAAAUAGAUCAUUGCGCCGUAAUAGUGUCAAUCGUCCGUCAUUCGGGUGCCGCCGGCGAUGACUUGGAUGCUGCUAAGCUCCGGGACAAGAGAGCAGUACGAGAACAGGCCGACCAUUUUAUAUCUCGAUACUUCGCGGUCGACAAACGUCCCACGGCGCACUAUCUUCCGGAAGCAAGGCGUGCAUUCUUCUACGCUCGGUAUCAGGUCUAUCCACGAAUCUCCGACAUUGGAGAAAUGUUCAAAAUGCAUAUCCUAGGGUUCAGAUUAUCUUGGCCAUACGAGAAGACGCACACCAUCUACGAAGUGGCUUCAGAACCAGAAAUUGGUGUCGAUUGCGUGAGACAUGGGACGGACCUUACGAGGGGCGUUUCUGGUCGGUCUUUCCCGUGGACCGCCUACAGGGUGCCGCUACCGAUUGCAACGCUUUCGGUAAUCUACAUCUGCGUCGGGCAUUGGCAGAAGCAGAUAGAAAUCGACGUAAAGACCCUCAACGCUGUGAACAUAACCGCAAUACCUGACAAUGGGAGUCGGAAAAGCAUUUGGCAGCGUUGGCACAAGAGCCCGCGGCAGUCUUCGCGAGGGCCAGGGGAUCGAGAGCGUAGUGCUGAGCUGACGCCAUUGUCGGGGGAAAAGGGCCUGAUGAGGAUAAACGAGCGCCAUCGCUACUACCUACGCCACACGGACAUCGUUCAGCUUUCGAGGUUUAACCAGAUGUCCCUUCGCACGAUCUUGCAAUGCUGGCAAUGCUGGAAACCAUCUUCGAUAUCCAAGUUUUGA